UUUUGUCCGUUACACUUCAAACUCUUAUGAUAAUUAGAAAUGUUAAAAGUCAAAUGAAGGGGUACAGCUAUGGUUAAUAUACCGAUGUUCUAAAUUUUUAUAUUUAAUAUAAAAUUAAUAUCCAGAGAGAAGAAGAAGCGAUCACGCGCGGUCGUACUUUCCUCAACCCUCUAGUACAUGUCAAGAUUAAUUGUUUAAAUUUUAACUUUAAUGCUUGAAGACUUUUAUGGCUUUGUAUGCACUAGAGAUACUUAAUAUAAUAAUAUUUAGUAAAAUUGAUUAAAAAAUGCUGAUUACUGACAGGUUUUAGGGUAAAGGUUAAUUAUUGUAUGGCAACUGUAUUAAAAACUGGAUUAGCGAGGAAGGGGUAAGCGGAACCUGGAACGGAGAUUAGCGGACGAGCUGAUCGGCAGACUCCGGAGGCAACGGGGAGGGUCAACCUACUAGAAGGAUUUAAGUAUAAUACAAUUUUAAAGGAUCGCGUUUUUUUAUUAAUUUAACGUCCAUAGGUUUUGUUAGUUCGCUGAAUUGGUAAUUUCCGGCUCUCAUCGCUUUCACAAUAUGAAGUCUCCGUCUCCCAACAUUAUUUACAACAUCGUCUUGUCUGGCAUCCUAGCCUCCUGCGUUUAAAUUUUUUGCACUAUGUUGAUGAAGGUUCUCGAGAAAGACGUACCUGGCUAAUAUUGCAGCCCUCUGGUGUUGCAGAUGUCCAUGGGCGGCGGUAAUCGCUUACCAUCAGGUGAUCCGUCCGUUCGUUUGCCUCCUGUAUCAUUAAAAAAAUUACGACUACGCAUUAAUUUGUCAUAAUUAUUAGCAUUGAGUACCUGCGUUACGACGCUCAUCAAUAUUGCACAACAUUAUUUUGUGAAUAAUUUAGUCCGAUACCAUCUCCAGAAAGAGUAAGUUUAUCGUUAUAAAGGUACCAAAGCACCAUCUAUGAGUAAAAAAACCGGUCGAUUAUUUGACUCACGCACUGAGGGUUCCGUACAAAUGUUUACGUUUCGUUUGUAAUUAAACGCAAAUAUAUAUUUUUAACUUAUUUCGAAGUGUAUCUGUCCUGACCUUAAAUCAGGAAGGGGGUUGAAAGUGCGAAGUAGAAAAUGAGCAUUCGAGUGUAUAGCGCCAUCUGUUUGCUAAAUGACUCACUAACUUCCACUGUAGUUUUUUCUUGUGAUACUCUUCUUGCUCCUCCUACUCCUCCUGGCCGGCUUUUUAUUCUAUAAAUUCCAUUCGAACUUGCAAGAUCUUCCUUGUCAUUGACACUUAAAACUGGAAUAGAUUCACAACAGUGCCAUCUGUCGGGCUUUACAGCUUACGCGCUUAACCUCAUCAGCCCAUACUAAUUUGCAAUUCGCGUUUGUUGUCACAUCGUUUUGAUAAUUCUCUACAAUAGUUCCUUCUGUAAUAUUAAGAACCCUAUUGAUAAGGAUCUAAAGUGUUCUUUCGCAAUACAAUGAAGCGUCGGACAGAACAUUGUAGAGAACAAAAAAGUUAACAAUGAUGCUCUAUCCAAUCGUCAUCGCGUCUUGUGGCAAGGGAAUGUGGGAUAGAAGAGUGCAGUCGAUCUUAGGUCGCAGCGCGGACGCGUUCUCUCCCCGCACACAUCAAUCAAUCAUUGGAAAGCCGCACGCGCACCGCUCGACGCGCGUUCUUACAAAAUGAUUACAGCACUCCUUUUUGCUAUUUUAGUGACAUUUCUGACAGGAUACAUACUUCAAACAAUUACUAAACCUAAGAAAUAUCCACCAGGAGAAUCCAUUGAAGAAGAUCGUCUUAAGUUGCUACUAGAGCUGCUGAGUGCCCGAUCUAAGGCGUUCUCCAUGGCAGGAGGGUGGCUAAAUCAGUUCCCUUGGUGCCGGUUCUUCUUUCCUGAAGCAAGUGGAUAUUCGUUAAUAAACAGAAUUAAUUCACAAAUUUCCGCCAUUAUUGAGGAAGCAAUACAAAAACAUAAAAAUAAUUCAGCUAGUGGAGAUGAUUUUAUUUAUUCGUUCUUAAAUCAAAUGAAGGUGAAAAAAGGCACAUUUACGGAACUACAGUUAAAAGUGGUAUGCUUAGAUAUGUUCAUCGCGGGGUCACAAACUACAAGUAACUUGCUGGAAUUCAUUUUUCUUACGGUUCUAAGGAAUCAGCAUAUACAGAACAAAAUUUAUGAUGAAAUACAACGUGUCAUAGGAAAUAACGUGCCUAGUUGGACUGAUAGUCACAAGCUUGUUUAUACAUCGGCUUUUCUGCUGGAAGUUCAAAGGUGUUAUGCAAUAGUGCCUCUGAUGGGCCCUAGAAGGGUUCUAAGUGACUGCAUUGUAGAUGGCUAUAUGAUACCAAAGGACACCACUGUAUUGAUAUCAGUCGGCGACCUCUACUUGGAUCCGGACAUUUUCGAAGACCCUCAUGAAUUUAAACCUGAGAGAUUUAUUGAUGAACACGGCGCGUUGAAAAAUGCCGAGCACGUCUACACCUUCGGCUUAGGUCGAAGGAGGUGCCCCGGUGACGCAUUAGCUCGAUCGUUCGUCUUCUUAACAUUCGUGGGAAUACUGCAGAAGUUUAAGCUCCAGUGCGUCAACGGUGUCUAUCCCAGCGACGAGCCAGUUAUAGGCCUCAUAGCUGCCCCGAGACCGUACUCCGCGAUGUUUGUGCCACGGCAAUGAGGAGUUAAAGUUAAGCAAUAAAAUUUAACGAUAGAAGUGAUCACAAUAGUGAUGGGUCGUUACCGGUAAUAUUUUCAAGGCAGUACCACCAAUUUACGACAAAAAAUUACAUAGGAAACCUCGGGGAGUAAAUUACCAAUCUUACUAGUAAUAUUACCAAUACUCCCGAUUAACUUACCGAUUUUACUGGAAAUAUUCCCUUGCUACAUUCUAACGAUGUGCGAGUAUUUUACAGGUUCUCUUACGGUUUUUGAGAUAUAUGGAUAUGUUGUCUGUGCUCCAUACAAAUUGAAUAAGAAAAAUAGAACUUGACACUUUUAAUGUUGAAUCGUCUCAAAUUCUUAGGUUGGGUUAGGUUAGGGUAAAGCGUACAAUUGUUUUUGAAAAAAAAAAAUAUCCUCGACACCUUCAUGCCAAAAAAGUGGGCUUUCCUGACUAGUAGUGGGGGAGCCAGAAAUGCUAAAUUUGGUUUAUAUUAAUAUCGUCAUUAAUGAAAUAAUUUAUUAAUACAUGUGGAGAAUGUGUUACAUAUUUAUUUGUUUCAAAAUAAAAAAAUCGACCGUGGUCGAGUUUUUAUUUUUAUUUUAUUUAUUAGAAGAACAAACAGAUAAAAUGUACCCGAUUCUGUAUUGAAGCUAACUUACAUACUAGUCAUUUACCUCCACAGCAAUCCCAUCCAAAACACAAUCCUUAAGUAAGUAAGUCACUUUGACUGUUUUUUGGAAGUUUGUGAACACGCUUGUCGUUGGUCAGAUUAUUGAAAAGGACACAUACCAUAAUCAAAUGCGUUCGAGUAUUUCUGAAGAUCGUUUUUUUUUACUAUUCUGUUUUAAGGGUCUCACAUUGAAGGUACUCAACAGGAUGCAAGGUAUCUGCCCCCUUAUGUUAACCUGUUGCGCUCGAAUAACUCUCAAAAUACCCUCUUGGUGUACCCUACUAUUAUUGUUAGGUCGGUAUAUCUCUGAAUAACGAUACUUUUAAUGAAAUUAUUAUAAUGAUAAUUUGAUGACCGAUCUGGCCUAGUUGGUAGUGAUCCCUGCCUAUGAAGCCGAUGGUUUUGGUUUCGAAUCCUGGUAAGGGUAUAUAUUUGUGUGAUGACUUGAUGAGCAUAGAUAUUUGAUUCUGAGUCAUUUGUGUUUUCUGUGUAUAAGUAUAUGUAUUUGUAUAUUAUACAGAGCGUCCCACGACUAUGCCACAUGGAGGGAAAGGACCUUGAAUAUUGUAGAUGGAAGAUUUUACUGAAAGAAGACAUUAUUUUAAUUUACAAAACAAUUUGAACUGCAUUCAUAGAUAUAAUAAUUACAUGGUUGAACCGGGAAUAGAACCCACUACACGAAAAAAAAUACCAUGAAGCGUUAUCAUACCGAUCGAAAGGCUUCAUCAUAAGGAUUAUUUUUUGCUAAAUAACAUAGUGUCAGAAAUAAUGAAUGAACCAUGAAUUUUAACAUUUUUAUUACAAAAUUAAUUAAUUUAUAAGUGCUCAAAGUGAGUGUCAUACUGUUGAAUACAAAGUCGCACUCUUUUGAUUAUUUCACUCCCUGUCGAUUUUUUGAUCUUGUUGUGGUGGAUAUUUAGAAUAAUACGUCGUAAGUUCUGUUGGUAGCUCGUGGACACUUUCACACUGUAGUAUAGUCAAGUUAAGGAAAAGUAUGGAAGUAAGUCGUAUAGUCGUGGUUCUUUUUGGAUUCGUUAGAGGGCGCAACUAGAUUGUUUCCCCCGAGUUGCACCGUUUCUAUUAUGUACGGAAGACCGUUCAAUUUUAGGUAUAAACUAUAAAGUGCCGUAAUUUUGGAGUAAAUUAAAAGCUAUUGGGUUCAAGCUUACUAGUGUAUAGAGAACACCUUGGUGCAUAGUAUAUCUUAAUUAAAGAGAUGUUGCAUGUAUGAUACCCUAAAAAAUUUUUUUUUCGAUUGCGGCUUGAGGAUAAGUCAGUCGGUUGGUGCAAUCUCAAGUUAAGCUUUUUAAAGCAUUAUAAACAUUCAGUUAACUUUGCACGCCUGGGGAAAUUAUGGAACAUGUAUUUUUAAUUCUUUUGUACAUUGUGAUUCGGGGGAAAUUAAGAUAGACGUGAAAAUUUUAAAAACGGUUCUUAUCUAAAGACACUACAUUUGCACUAAAUAAAAAAUAGUUUUUUUUACCGGAAGUUUGUCAAAAAGUAAAUAGAAUUAAUCGCAACGAACUGCAAGCGAAGGUGGUUUGGCAGCACGCGGCGCGGGGCGUGCGGGGCGGGGAGAUAGCGCAUCCGCUUCCAAAUUAGCUAUACUUUGAUCUCUAUCUAGAAGGGCAUGAUUUCUCCACUCUUUCUGAGCUCCUUGUUCAUCAAUAUGAUUUUUUUUAGAUUAGGGAACCUCUGGAUUAUGGCACUUAAAUCUUUAACGGUAAAAUUUUGUUCUUCUUUCGGUUCAAGUAUCGGGAUGAUAUCAUAUAUUGGAUCAGAGAAAUCAAAUCUCAUUUUUAUUUGUUUGAUGAGUUCAAUAUAAAAGGCUAAGCAUGAUUUUUUAAAGUGCUGAUUCUGGGCUAGGCACUUCAUUUUUUAAAUCAUUAAUAGAGUGUUGUGCUGCGACUCCGAGGUAAAUUUUGUCCUAUGUCAAAAAAACCGAAGGUUAGCAUACUCUAUCUUCAGUGCAUCCGUGGUUCGGCAGUAGUUAAAGUCCAUAUAAUUACUCGUUAUUGUUUUUAUUAGUUUUAUAAUUUCAGGUUUAAUUUUAUGGAGCAAUGGUUUGUCUGACUGGAAGAGUGUGUUGAAGUCAUUUAACAAUCCUAAGCUAUAGGGCAUGAAUUCUAAGUAUAUCUUUAUGAAUUGGUUAUUUAAAGUUGUGAUUAUAUCCUCAGUUACUUUACUUGGGUCUUCCAAUAACUCUACUCUAAAAUAUUCAGUUAACACUGUGUAUUAUUCCAAGGUUCGGUCAACACAUUCCUUUAGGGACAGCCAUCUGGUGUUGCAAGGGCUUAAAAUUUUGUGUAUGUCUACUUGAAAGAAUGUUUGGAACUCUCUAAGUUUGUUUUGUCUAUUGGAGCUUCUACUAAAAUGAGAGCCUAUACUUCUCAAAAGAUCCUCAAUUGAUCUGGGUAGUUUUAAGCAGGCUUUAGAUGCCACCAGAUGUAUCAUGUGGCAACUGCAUUUUAUACAUGCUAAAUCAGACAUGCUAAAUCUUUCUUUUAAAUGGGUAAACACAGAAUUAAAUUGACCAACCAUGCUAUUGGUUGUAUCAGAGACAAAGUUCACAAAAUUUUGUAAUGGUAUGUUAUGUUUUUCCAACCAUGUUAUCAUUUCAUUGCACAGGUCUUUUGCUUUUCCAGAAUCUACGUCAUAUAUACUCGUACUGAGAAAUUGAGUUUGGACUUUAUUAGUUAUUUCAUCAUGCCCGCAUCACCCGCAAGGGGAUGACACGGGUGGUCUUUGGCGAAUCGUGUACACAGGGCUUCCGCAAGUUGGAAGCGGAAUUCCCUGUGUGACAAAACGCGGAAAAUAGGGUUCUUCGUGUAUAUAAUGAAGGCGUUCAGGACACUCGUAUUCAGGAGUCUCCUAAACACCUUCACGUACCACUUCAAGCCGCGUUUCCUCUCCAAUAAGUACAUGGACAGUUUUUUGUCCUUAAGGUCAACUCCGCCCAUGUACUUGUUGUAGUCGGACACGCAGAUUGGCUUCUCGCGUUCCGCGCCUGCUCUCAUUCCGGGGACCAUUUCGUCACCAUGACAGGUGGUGAUCAUGGUGACCAGCUUGACGUCCUUCCACGCUGUAAUUGCGAUGUCCCCAGAGUGGCACGCUACUCGUUCCCCGCUGGUCAGAUCCCUGUCACUUAUACUUUUGAUCUCCUCAGGCACGUGGCGCCUAUUUCUAAUUAACGUCCCCACCACAUCGGUCUUACGCUGCUUUAAGUACCGGGUUAGGGGCAACUGGUUGUACCAAUUGUCCAUGUAUAAGGUAUGGCCAAGGUCGAGGAACGCAUCCAUGAGUUUAAGCACGACUUUGGCAGUCGGUGCUGAAAACCCAUGGAUAGGCCCUUCGUGCAUAGUGGAGUUCUUGCCGGCGUAUAUUAUACACUUGAGCAGGUACCCGCUGGAAGCCUCGCAUAAGUCAAACAGCUUUAUGCCGAAUCGGGCCGCCUUGGACCGAAUACAUUGCACCCAGGCAAGACGACCCUUCCACAAAAGCAAUGAUUCGUCGAGGCUCAGUUGCUGCUCGGGUGUAUAAAGGGCUUGAAAUUUAUUAUUUAAAUGCUCUACGAGAGGCUGGAUUUUGUAUACUUUUUUGUAGUAGCUACUAGUAUCAUGGGGAAUGUCUUCAUUAUUUACAAAAUGGAGGAACCGCGAGAUCAUUUGGAAGCGAUUCCUCGACAUCAAAGUUCGAAAUUCUGGCAUCCCCAUGAUACCAGUAGACCAAUACUCCUGGAGGUAGCUACGGGGAUUUAUGGCCAUGUACAUGAGGAUGGCAAAAUAUCGGUACAUUUCGGCUUCAGUUGUCUCAUACCAGCUGUCUAAAUUUUCGGAGAGACGACCAUGCUCCGACAAUGCAGCGAUAAUUUGCCAUGCGUAAUUAUUGGUUUCCUCUACUAUGGUAGGCAUUAUGUCCUCCCACAUUAAUAAAAAAAUAUCCACCCCAUUUUGGAGCCCAUGUGUUGGCCCCGGGUUACGCAAGUAUUGUUCUAGGCGACUAGCAAACUGGUUGAAAUCCCUAGACCAGGUGAACUCGUUAUUGUUUUCUUGGGGUCCAGGGGUUACAACCACUUCAUCAUGAGGAGCUACAUCCACAUCUCCUGCAAUCUCCGCCAUUUCAUCGAUGUUUUCGUCUGUAUAUUCAUGGAGAAUUCUUGCAGCAGCCCGAAGCCUCUCAACGUCGUCAUAAACGGGUCCAGCGUCUUCGAAAUCGUCAUCGUCUUCCUCUCCGUCUCCUUCCAGCUCGCUACCGGAAUCGCGGUCAAAAUUUAAUACUCGCGGGUCCGGUAGCGAAGGUCGACGUUUCCUUCGAAGACGAGACCUUGAGUUUGGCGCUCUCGAUGGUCGAGGAGUUCUCACCUCCGGAGUUACCGGCGGCCGCCAUGGCUAGAAAUAUACACAUGCACAUGCAAUAAGGCCCAGACCAAAAAGCUAAAAUAUAUUCCAAUACCACCCAGUUAUACAAUACAAUUAUUCUUUAUUGCACACCAGAAAACAUAUUACAAGGGUACAUUAGUUAUAAUGAUCCUUUGCAUUUUGCCAAAUCCUUAUAAGUUCAAUUCACAUUGCACAAUAUAAACCAAACUCCAAUAAAUUAAAUAUAUCGAUACCCUAGUGCACAAUCGUACUAAUUACAAGAGAAAAGAUGCGAUAAGCACGUUAGUGCACAAAUCAUAAAGUUACUAAUUUAUUACCGAUUUUUUUUUAAUAAGUACGAGUGUGAACUAGGUUAUAUAUUUUGAAGGUUGGGGAGUAAAAUAAUAUUAAUUUACAUACGUUUGCAUACAUUCAACAACCAACCAACACACACAAGCAAACAAACACAAUCGAUAAGGAGCCAGCUAUAAAACAUAAAAUGACCCGUUUUAAAAUAAGUUUAUUCAAUGAAAACAUGCGUGAGUUACCAAUAGGUACCUAAAAAAUACCCAUAUCGACCAAAAUGCCUAGGGUAUAUAUUUUGAAGGUUGGGGAGUAAAAUAAUAUCAAUUUACAUGCGUUUGCAUACAUUCAACAACCAACCAACACACACACAAGCAAACAAACACAAUCGAUAAGGAGCCAGCUAUAAAACAUAAAAUGGCCCGUUUUAAAAUAAGUUUAUUCAAUGAAAACAUGCGUGAGUUACCAAUAGGUACCCAAAAAAUGCCCAUAUCGACCAAAAUACCUAUAUACGUGUGCCUUUAUAAUUUGAAGAGUUGUCUCGUUUUGAUCUGGUUAGAAUGGGAUCACCUGGGAGGUAUACCCUUUCAAACCUGAAAAUGUAUAUUCAAAUCGGUCCAGCAGAGUGAUUGGGGAACAAAUAUAAAGUAAACGUGCGGAAGUUACAAUUGCAAAUUAUUACACGAGACAAAUAAAAGUCGAUCUCUUGUUACAUACCUGGACUCCACGUUCGUUGCAUUGAAUAAUCAACGGAUCAUCAGUAAGCCGUAAUGAGCCUCCAGGUGUUACCGCCACAGGGUACGCUACCGACAAGUUCGGAGGUUGAACUUGAUCGCCGUUCAUUUUGGCAAUUACUAAAACAGAACUAAAAAGUUACCGGCUCCCCGGGGAGCCAGCGGGUAUGCUCGCGACAUUCAUAAAAUAAUCAUGCUGUAUGUUCAUUUUAUUCCAAACAUGGCCGAACCCAGGACGCGGCAUUUCAUUUGUAUGCUAAAAUAAAAUAAUGUAUAACAUGGAUUGUAAAUUGAAUAUUAUAAAUAGAUUCCCAAUUGAAUUUCCUAAGAAAUAAAAUAGUCACCACUAUAAAAGUCCAUAGAAAAAUUGAAAAAAAGACGUUACAAAUACGAGCCGCAAGUAGUCCCAGCAAAACUCAGUUUUAUUUAUCUAUUAUAUUGGAUUUACACUAUAAUUACAUUAUUAUUUUUAUGUAUUUACAUAGUAAACACUAUAUAGUAGUGAAAUAAUAACAUAUACUUACGUAUUUCUCACUCAAAACACAAAUUUUCACAAUAAAACACGGAGCAACCUCACUUGUUUUCGCCGCGUAAAUAACUGCCGAUUUAAAAUUUCCCUAACGGUUAUCCAUAGACAUUUUGGUAUCAUUCUGUAGCUCAUUUCAUUCGCUUGCCUUUCGUAUAAAAAGAAACCUUAUCGCCAUUAAAUUUUGGUUGAAAUUUGAAUAAAAUCGUGCUGGCGCCCUGGGGAGCCGGCGGGGCUUAGAGGUUUUUAGCGCUGGCGACCCAGGGAGCCGGCGGGGCUCGAAAGGUUAAAACACCCAUUAAAAAUUAUGCCAUGCAACACAAACAUGAAAAAAAACGCAGGAAAAUUAAAUAACAUUGAUAAAAAAUGCUUUGCCAAUACCAUGUUAAUUAGGUAGUUAUUGAAUGUUAAUUAAUCGUUAGUAUAACCUAUGCAUGUAACUUUGUUAUUCCAGAUUCUAAAAAGAAAAGAACUAUGAAUUCUAAAGUACAAAAUAUGACUCAUUUGUUUUAAGUAUUUGUCUUAGUAAAUAAAUUCUAACAUAAACAAAGUUAAAUUUGAUAUACGUGAAAAAUAAAAUGGCUGGCCGAACUUGGACUGAGUUUUGUAAUCUGGAUAAAACGAAGUACACGCAGAUGACUUAGUAUUAACCUUCUCCUGGAUAUGCAAAUGUAUAUAAAUUAAAAAUAAAUACAUAAGAAUAAGAUUGGUUAGAUUAAACAAACAUUAUUUAUUUAAGACUUACCUGAUAGCCAAGGAGCAAAAUUAAAUUCUUUCUCUGUUUUUUUUUUUUUUACUUUUAGACCCUUUUAUUUCUUAUCGAACAACUGCAGCGGAAAAGCAAGUAAUAUACAAUAUUAUUUUUAAUUAAAGUUUUCAAACUAGAAAACGAAGGCAAGACAAGACAAGAUUCAACGUUGGUUGAACGAAACCGCGCGCGAAAUUUCCAUUUUCUUUCCUAGCGUGAAAAAAAUUAGAGACCACAGGUAAGACACAACUGCCGACUGCAACUUAUGCAUUGUUUGGACGUGUAUUGUCUAUAGUAGAUGUUACUUUUUUAGGUUGGCCAUUACUAUCAGAUUAGAAAUUUUGCCCAGAACCAACAAAACGAAAAAAUUUUUUUGUAAAACAAUCAUACAUCAAAAUGUACGAUUUUAGUACGAUGUACGCUGCGUACAAAAAAGGUACGCAAGGGUCCAAAAAUAGUACGUAAAACCGUACUAAAAGGUACGAUUUGGCAACACUGAUUUUUUUAUAAUCUUUAGACACUCCCCUAACCACAUGAAAAGAAAACAUUAACCUUUUAUUCUUUCUAUCAUUUAAGCUUAAAUUGAGCAUCUUCAGCUCCCUUACUGUUUAUCAAGAAAGCCCACUUUUCUUGUGUUUACUCAUGAAUUUCAGACGAUUUGCAUGAAAGUGUCGAGUAUGAAUUUAUUCACAAAAAAUUGUAUGGUGUAUGUGUAACCUAACCUUACCUAACAAUUUCAAACGAUUUAGUAUGAAAGUGUCAUGUACGUUUAUAUUCAUAAAAUUUGUAUGGGGCAGGGACAAAAUAUCCAAACACCGCAAAAAUACCCGUAAUAUUCUCGCAGAUCGUUCGAAUGCAGUAAGGGAAUAUUUCCAGUGAGAUUAAUAAGUUACUCGGUAUUAUUGAAAAUAUCACUAGUAAGAUUGGUUAUUUACUCCCCAAGGUUACCUGUGUAUUAUUUUUAAAAUGGUGGCAUACUACUAAUAAUUCAUAUAGAAAUAAUAAAAAACAAUCAAGUCUCAUAAAAAUCGUAGAUUUCGUAUGUUACUCGCUUUUGGUAAGAUUGGUAACUUACGGGUAAUAUUCCCAAAUGGAAAAAUAUUGGUAACGAGCUCUUACCUGCGACUCAUCACUCAGAAGGGUAGGGUUCGAAUUUAGCUAAUACAUUUGUUUGUGUUAUGAGCAUUUUUUUUCAAUCUAUGGAUGCAUAUUCUGCGAAGUGGGACCAGACCGCACUCUUUGUAGACAAUAUAAAAUUAAGUCAAAUCGUUUAAUCAAGUCACAAUGUAUUUAUUUGAUCUAAAACGAAGUUGAAUUUUAAUUACUUCCCGGCGUCUUAUAGUAUUUUUUCAUUUCUCAUGCUCUGAAAGAGGGUCAUUGUUGUAUUCAAAACGGGUGCAGAUGUGAUUCGUUUCUGCACUAGAGCAUUUUACUUUCCAAGUACGAUUUUUUAACAAUAGCAAGUGAAAUUAGGUUUUAAAUGGAUUUGUUAUAUUAUUUCCAUACUGAUACUUUAACUUCCCAUUCCAUAAAUAACGAUACUUUUACCUGUGGUUAAUUGAAAGUACCCUUAAGAUUUGCUAUAAAAAGUUAUACUUUAUAAUGUUUUUUUAUAAAAACACAUAUUUUUAUUAUUCGUAUUCGAAAUUAAAAGUAGUGUUUAACUCGGGGGAAAGGCAUCAUGGCACCCUCGGACUAUUGGCUAAACUAUCUCGGCAGAAAUGAGUACCUCUCUUCCCUUGUUUAACAAUUUACUAUUUCGCUACACUAGCUCGUAAAAGUUCUCUUUACUCUUCAAAAACUGAUUAUGAAGUUGCAUUUUAUCCACAACAUUAGCCAUGAAUUUGAAUGACAAAUAUUUAAUGACGUUCAUUUGUUUGAUUUGUAAUGUGUUACAGUUACUCUUUAUGCUCUUGCUCGUGGUUCAAUUUUGGAAUUUUUCGAUUGCUCAGGUAUCCACAAGGACCCACUAGGCGGGCUCUCGUAGGCGCUUUUCGCUUCAUACGGGUUUUCCCGUGUUAUCGGCUACGCUCAUAGCGCUGAACUCGCCCUGGCACUGAAUGUGUUAAACAGCAACGGUGUCUCAUAAGUAACGUCACACUUAGAGUCGGCUCAUGCUAAGUUAUCAUGCCUAGUGCUACGUCAAGUAUGGAGCUUAUAGGGAUAUGUAUGCGUUCUUACUGCCAUGUUUGUGCAAAGUUAGCCUGGUCAGAAUUUAGGAGGUAUUUAAUAUUUAAAAAUGUAUGGAAAAAACCCGAAUGCCAAGUUUUUGAACUACAUUCGUGUUAUUGAUAUAUUUACAACAACACAUAAAAUAGCACCCUAAACCGACGAGCGUGUAUGAGGAAUGUCAUGAAAGUGAAGGAAGCGAAAGAGGUAUGUCAGGAUCGUAGCAAGUGGAAAUCCGUGGUCUCUGCCUGCCUCUUCGGGAAAUAGGCGUGAUUAUAUGUAUGUAUGUAUGUACAUAAAAUAGAUUGUUAUUCUAUAAGUAUUAGAAAAUUUGGCAAGAAUAUCUCUGGUUUCUGCAACUAAUACCUACCUAUUUCCCUUUAAGGCCAUAACUGGCAUGCAUAACUAAAUAUCUAGCAAAUUUAGUUGAACUAUUGUUGUUAUAAUAAUAUUAUAAUAAUGUCAUUAAUAAAAACUAUGAAAUGGA